GGAUCGCGGAAGUGCCUCCUCCCCAUCCCCUUCCCAGCCUCCAGUCCACGGGCUGCAGUAGGAGCGAUGGCGGCGGAAGCCGCCCGGCCUGGUCCAGCAUUUGGACCUGGCGACUCCCCCGAAGGGCCCGAGGCUGAUGCCCCGGAACGUCGGCGGAAGGCGCACGGGAUGCUGAAGCUUUACUACGGUCUCUCGGAGGGGGAGGCUGGGGGGCGCCCCUCCGGGCCGGACCCUCUGGACCCGACUGAUCUCAAUGGGGCGCACUUCGACCCGGAAGUGUAUCUGGACAAGCUGCGAAGGGAGUGCCCCCUGCCCCAGCUCAUGGACAGCGAGACGGACAUGGUGCGGCAGAUCCGGGCUCUAGACAGCGACAUGCAGACCCUGGUCUAUGAAAACUACAACAAGUUCAUUUCAGCCACAGACACCAUCCGGAAGAUGAAGAAUGAUUUCCGGAAGAUGGAGGACGAGAUGGACCGGCUGGCGACCAACAUGGCUGUGAUUACCGACUUCAGUGCACGCAUUAGUGCCACGCUGCAAGACCACCAUGAGCGCAUCACAAAGUUGGCAGGGGUGCACGCUCUGUUGCGGAAGCUGCAGUUCCUCUUCGAGCUGCCCUCGCGCCUCACCAAGUGUGUGGAGCUGGGUGCCUACGGGCAAGCGGUGCGCUACCAGGGCCGAGCGCGGGCUGUGCUACAGCAGUACCAGCACCUGCCCUCCUUCCGCGCCAUCCAGGAUGACUGCCAGGUCAUCACAGCCCGCCUUGCCCAGCAGCUGCGGCAGCGCUUCAGGGAGGGUGGCUCUGGAGCCCCCGAGCAGGCUGAAUGUGUAGAGCUGCUGCUGGCACUGGGCGAACCUGCGGAGGAGCUGUGCGAGGAGUUCCUGGUGCACGCCAGGGGUCGGCUGGAGGAGGAGCUCAGCGCCCUGGAGAAGGAGCUGGGGCCCUCUCCCCCCGCUCCUGAUGUGUUGGAGUUUACUGACCGAGGUGGCAGUGGCUUUGUGGGUGGUCUCUGCCAGGUGGCAGCAGCCUACCAAGAGCUGUUCGAAGCCCAGGGCCCCAGGGGUGGAGAGAAGCUGGCAGCCUUUGCCCAGGAGCUGGGCGGCUGCUACUUUGAGCUGGUGGAACGGCGGCUGGCACAGGAACAGGGUGGUGGUGACAACUCGCUACUCGUACGGGCACUGGAUCGUUUCCACCGGCGCUUGCGAGCACCUGGGCCCCUGCUGGCUGCUGCUGGGCUCACCGAGUCAGCUACGGAGAUUGUGGAGCGAGUGGCCCGGGAGCGCCUGGGUUACCACCUGCAGGGCCUGCAGACGGCUUUCCUGGGCUGUCUGACUGAUGUGCGCCAGGCGCUUGCUGCCCCUCGCCUGGCUGGGAAGGAGGGGCCCAGCCUGGCCGAGUUGCUGGCCAGUGUGGCCAGCUCCAUCCAGAGCCACAUCAAGGCCUCUCUGGCUGCUGUUCAUCUCUUCACUGCCAAGGAGGUGUCCUUCUCCAACAAACCCUACUUCCGGGGUGAGUUCUGCAGCCAAGGAGUCCGCGAGGGCCUCAUUGUGGGCUUCAUCCGUUCAAUGUGCCAGACAGCCCAGAGCUUCUGUGACAGCGCAGGGGAGAAGGGGGGUGCCACACCACCUGCCCUCCUUCUGCUCCUCUCUCGCCUCUGCCUGGAUUAUGAGACCGCCACCAUCUCCUAUAUCCUCACCCUCACUGAUGAGCAGUUUCUGGUGCAGGACCAGUCUCCGGUGACACCUGUGAGUACACUGUGUGCAGAGGCCAGGGAGACUGCACGGCGGCUGCUGACCCACUACGUGAAAGUGCAGGGCCUGGUCAUAUCGCAGAUGCUGCGAAAGAGCGUGGAGACACGGGACUGGCUCAGUACCCUUGAGCCCCGCAAUGUGCGCGCUGUCAUGAAGCGGGUGGUGGAGGACACCACAGCAAUCGAUGUGCAGGUGGGGCUCCUGUACGAAGAGGGUGUUCGCAAGGCCCAAAGCAGCGACUCCAGCAAGAGGACCUUCUCGGUGUACAGUAGUUCUCGGCAGCAGGGCCGCUAUGCACCCAGCUACACACCCAGUGCCCCCAUGGACACCAACCUUUUGAGCAAUAUCCAGAAGCUGUUCUCUGAACGCAUUGAUGUGUUCAGCCCCGUGGAGUUCAACAAGGUAUCGGUGCUGACUGGCAUCAUUAAGAUCAGCCUGAAGACCUUGCUGGAGUGCGUUCGGCUGCGCACUUUUGGGCGUUUCGGGCUACAGCAGGUGCAGGUGGACUGCCACUUCCUGCAGCUCUACUUGUGGCGCUUUGUGGCCGACGAGGAGCUUGUGCACCUGCUGCUGGACGAAGUGGUGGCCUCGGCAGCCCUGCGCUGUCCAGACCCAGUGCCCAUGGAGCCCAGUGUCGUCGAGGUCAUCUGCGAGCGCGGCUAGGUCCAGUGGAUGUCCCGCAGUGCCCUGUUCCCCCAGCCCGGAAUCCCCUGGCGGCCCCUCCCCGCAGGUCGGUGUUAGAACCCACCUAAUAAAAUGUGUGUGGCCUCUUUCAA